AUGCCUUCCAUUCCUGACCUAUGUCCGUGCCCUUCUUGCUCUCGCAGCGCAGCUCGUUCUCAACCGGCGUCACGUAACCAACAGCCUUUUAAACAGACGUCUUACACCCGUGCAAUCACCCGCAUCUGCAUUGCCUCUGCCGUCUUUGGGGCUCUAUCACCCGUCCUGUUGCCCCUUGGACGAUUUGCCCUUCGUACAACCUGGCAGCAAUCUGCCUUGACGCUCAAGGCUCUGCCUGGGACGGUAUCGCAAGUCCUCUCUCUCGCAAGCCACGCCCUGUAUGCUGCAUUCGGCGUCGGCGUUGGCUUCGCGAGCCUCGUAGGCUUUGAAGCUUCUGUAACGGUCGUCACACUUGGGAUUGAUCAGAUGAAAGCCCUCUUGUCUGCCCCCCCAGACCCACUGCAGAAGCCGAGUACAGGGACAAUCAGAAGAGACGCAGCAUCUCAUGCUGCCCCUCGCUACGUUCCUCCACCUCCACCCGCUGCCACCUACCGAGCUAGCGAUAUCGACUACGACGAUGACCUCUUCUCUCAGCCUGAUUAUAUCGCAGAUUCUGCAAGCCUCCCCCGAUCCAGCGACAUUGACUAUGACGACAUCCCGCCCCUACCCAGCUUACCCUAUCAGCCCAACCGCGGCAGCGUCUACGAUAACUCUCUUUCUUACUCAACUAGAAACAGCAUGAGCGACCUCCCCCUCACCGACGCAUACCAGGAUGCACUCGCAGAAACCAUGGCCCAUGAAUUACUGUCGUCCACGGCUUACAGCGCUCCCAGAUUCAGAAUGUGCUCGCACGGAUUUGCUGAUCCGAAUAACCCAAGUGCCGAAGGAACGAGCACCUCGGACCCGCAUGGAGCACAGGGCAGUGGGAGGCCAGCAAACACUACAAGAAAUAAGAACGCGCCGAGAAAGAAAAGCCGUCGUAGCGCUCGACCUACUGAGCGCGAAUGAUGAGCUGGCCUUGCUCGCUCCUCAUUUUGAUGGUUUGUUUCUACAAAUGCUUUUCGACCGAAGGUUUUUUAAGACCAACAAUGCUAGUGCAUUAUAUUCAGGACCUCUCACACCCUGAAAUCAAGUUGUUUGAAGGCGUCAUGUACCAGUAUCCUUAGAGUAAGGGUUUGUACUUGGCCUGUAUGUUACUUGAAGCUUCUUGAAGCGUAAUUAC